AUGCCGUCUGUGAAAGAAGGCCGAGUCACCAAAUUAAAAGCCAAAGGACCGCGAACAACCACCCGACGCGUCUCCAACAAAAUCCCACUGGUCGAACAGACCAACGCAUUAUCCAUUGGCGACUUCAUCGCUCAAUACGUGACUCCCACGCAAGCAGGAGAUCCAGCUAAGAAUGAUGCGAUUGAUCAACCACAUCCAUCGCAAGAUGAGCAACAGCAGGAUACGACCCCCACACCACGUGUGGACGUCUACUCCGCGGCAACAAUCUCCACAGCUGAUUUAGAAGCAUGUCUGGAUCUAGUCGAGCAAACCUCAAGCGAGGCAUACAUCGCAUCCAGUGCAGGCUGGUCGCGCACCAAAAAGCGGAAAGAGAUGAAAUUGCCCGAUAUGAAGUAUUUGAUUCUGCGCGACACGCCGAAUGAUAGUGAUUCCCGCGGGCAAGUUCCGGGAGAGAAGCAGAUCGAUGUCGCGGACAGCAAUGUUCCAUCUUCACUGAAGGAAAGCGACAGGCCUGUUUCAUCGUCUGGUACUGGUUCUCCGAAUGUGCUUGGCUUUUUGUCAUUUAUGGUUACCUACGAGGAUGGGAAGGAGGUUGUGUACUGCUACGAGAUUCAUUUGUCGCCGACGGCGCGGGGACGGGGCGUUGGGAAGUUGCUUAUGGGUCGGAUGGAGGGAAUCGGUCGUGCUGUUGGCUUGGAGAAGUCUAUGCUGACGGUUUUCAAGUCGAAUGAGCCUGCUCGGCGAUUCUAUGAGCGGCUUGGGUAUGAGGUUGACGAGUACUCGCCCCGACCGCGCAAGUUGCGCAAUGGGACUAUUAAGGAUGUGGACUAUUUGAUCUUGUCGAAGAAGUUGAAAUUAUAA